UGCAGUGCUGUGUCUGUGUUUCCUCUAAGGAAGCUGAAUAAACACAGCACUCUGCUUGUGAAUGUGUGUAUGGGGGGUGUCUUCAGCUUGCCUGCCCUGCUGUGUGGGUGCAUAUAUAUACAGUAUGCCUGCCUGCAUCUAAGCUAAGGCUGUUCCAAUCUGUGUAGAGGGAAGGACCCAACUGCAGAGGCACCAUCAGGACCACAGUUAACAUCCUCUGCUUGCUUCAUUCCUUAUCCUAACCUGCUUUGCACAUGACCAGGAUUUUCCUUGUAAGAUACACAGCUAUUUCCUUGGACCAGCCUUUCCGGCUGUAUCAGCCUCUCCUUCUGUUCCUUUCACUCAUCAUGAUUUGAUUCUUCAAUGCAGAGCAAGUUAGCUUACAUAAAUGUUAAGGAAGAGGAACAACUAAAAUAGGGUCCAAGGAAGUAUAAGUGGUGGGUGGGUAUUGUUAUUCUUGAGAAAAGAAGAGGAGAAAAGCACUUCUCCAUCCCUCCCUCACCUUCUUUAAGAAUACACUCCUUGACACUCCUAAGCCAUCAAUUCUUCGCAAGAAAACACAGUGGGACAGUCACAGUGUUAUCCUGGAUAUUAACCUGGAAGCGUUAAGAAGACAUGGUUUGGAUCUGCAGAGCCUGGGGUGCUGCUUUUUUCUUGGGGAUUUUGUGCUGCAUCUGCUGCAGAGCCUUGAGUGCCACCCCUGCAUCCCAGAAAUGCGAUGAGCCCUUGGUUUCGGGGCUUCCCCAUCAAUCCUUUAGAAGUUCAUCCAUGAUGUAUAACAGUUAUGCUCCAGGUUAUGCCAAACUCAACAAAAGAGAAGGAGCUGGAGGAUGGUCACCUUUGGACAGUGAUCACUACCAGUGGCUGCAGGUGGAUUUUGGAAAUAGAAAACAGAUCCGCUCUAUUGCCACCCAAGGACGAUACAGUAGUUCUGACUGGGUGUCCCAGUAUCGACUGCUCUACAGUGACACUGGGAGGAAUUGGAAACCAUAUCAUCAGGAUGGAAACAUAUGGGCGUUUCCAGGAAAUGUUAACUCCGACACUGUUGUCAGACAUGAAUUGCAGCAUCCAGUGGUUGCCCGCUAUGUACGUAUUGUGCCUUUGGACUGGAAUGGAGAAGGACAAAUUGGCUUAAGAAUCGAACUUUAUGGAUGUCCAUACUGGGCUGAUGUUAUCAAUUUUGAUGGCAGUGCUGGGCUGACAUAUCGAUUUAAGAACAAAAAGAUGAAGACAUUAAAAGACGUCAUCUCACUCAAAUUCAAAACUUCAGAGAGUGAAGGCGUGCUCUUUCAUGGUGAAGGCCAGCAGGGGGACUAUAUCACCUUGGAGCUUAAGAAAGCAAAGCUGGUGCUACAGUUAAACCUAGGAAGCAACCAAUAUGGAUCCAUUUAUGGUCACACCUCGGCAACCUCAGGAAGCCUUCUAGAUGAUCACCAUUGGCAUUCUGUCAUAAUUGAGCGCCAUGGAAGGAAUAUUAACCUGACACUUGACAGACACAUACAACAUUUUAAAGCCAAUGGGGACUUUGAUUAUUUAGACUUGGACUUUGAGCUGACUUUUGGAGGUAUGCCUUUCUCCGGAAAACCAAGCUCAAGCAGUAGAAAGAAUUUCAAGGGUUGCAUGGAAAGUAUCAACUACAAUGGAAAUAACAUUACUGACCUUGCCAGGAGAAGGAAGAUGGAUCCUUACAAUGUGGUCAAUAUAAACUUCACCUGUGUGGAAUCACGAGCAGUGUCUGUCUUUUUUAAUGCCACAAGUUACUUGGAAGUACAAGGCCGUCAUAAUGAAGACCUCUUGUCAGUAAACUUUCAGUUUCGUACUUGGAAUCCAAGUGGACUUCUUCUCUUUAAUACCUUUGCUGAUGAAAUAGGCAACGUAGAAAUUGACUUGACAGAAGGAAAAAUCAGCGUUCACAUAAAUAUGACCAAGUCCAAGAAGAAUCGCAUCGAUAUUUCCUCAGGCUCUAGCCUGAAUGAUGGACAGUGGCAUGAGGUGCGCUUCACAGCCAAGGAGAACUUUGCUAUGUUAACUAUCGAUGGAGAUGAAGCAUCUUCAGUAAGAACGAACAGUCCUCUACAGUUUCGAACAGGAAACCGAUACUUCUUUGGAGGGUUUUUCCCAAAAUCAAAUGAGUCAGACUAUACUUUGCUUCAGCAUUCAUUCCAAGGGUGCAUGCAACUCAUUCAUGUGGAUGACCAACUGAUGGACCUCCAUGAUAUAGAACUAGGAAAGGAAGGAAGUUUUGAAAAUAUCAGCAUUGAUAUGUGUGCCAUUAUAGACAGAUGUGUGCCCAAUCAAUGCGAACAUGGCGGCAGGUGUACACAAACAUGGGACACCAUCAAAUGCAACUGUGAAGGAACAGGGUACACUGGUGCCACCUGCCACAACUCUAUCUACGAACUUUCCUGUGAAGCUUACAAACACCUUGGAAAAUCAUCUGACUGGUACUGGGUUGAUCCCGAUGGCAGUGGUCCUCUUGGGCCUCUGAAGGUUUACUGCAACAUGACAGAGGAUAAAGUAUGGACAACCUUAUACCACGAUCUACCACCAAUGACACCAGUAGUGGGUGCCAGCCAAGAGAAACGAGUCAUGCUACAGUUAAAUUACAGUGCAAGCACGGACCAGAUUUCUGCCAUCACCAGCAGUGCUGAAUACUGUGAACAGUACAUCUCGUAUUCCUGCAAGAUGUCAAGGUUGCUGAACACCCCAGAUGGAAACCCAUACACAUGGUGGGUUGGAAAAGGCAACGAGAAGCAUCAUUACUGGGGAGGCUCUGGCCCUGGGAUUCAGAAAUGCGCAUGCGGCAUUGAAAGGAACUGCAGUGUCAGCAAGUUCUACUGUAACUGUGAUGCAGAUCAAAGGCAAUGGAGGAAAGAUGGAGGUCUCUUGUCCUACAAAGAUCAUCUCCCAGUCAGCCAAGUUGUGGUUGGGGACACAUAUCGACCUUACUCAGAAGCAAAGUUGUCAGUUGAGCCUCUUCGCUGUUAUGGAGACAGACAUUAUUGGAAUGCAGCCUCCUUCACUACUCCAUCCUCCUAUCUUCACUUCUCUACAUUCCAAGGAGAAACCAGUGCAGAUAUUUCAUUCUACUUCAAGACAUCUGCCCCAGAUGGAGUCUUCCUUGAAAACAGAGGAAUCACAGACUUUAUCAAACUGGAAUUAAAAUCCAACACAGAGGUUUCCUUUUCAUUUGAUGUCGGAAAUGGACCAGUUGAAUUGAUUGUCAAGUCUCCAACUCCUCUGAAUGAUGAUCAGUGGCACCGAGUCAGGGCAGAAAGAAACGUAAAGGAGGCCAGUUUACAAGUUGACCAGCUACCUCUUCAGAUACGAAAAGCUCCCACCCAAGGUCACACACGACUUGAGCUUUACAGUCAACUCUUCGUUGGUGCCGCUGGAGAUCAGAAAGGGUUCCUGGGCUGCAUACGUUCUUUGAGAAUGAACGGUGUGACUCUGGAUUUGGAAGAGAGGGCAAAGGUCACACCAGGGGUAAAGCCUGGCUGUUCGGGACACUGUACCAGCUUUGGGAUGUACUGCCAGAACGGGGGCAAGUGCGUAGAGAAAUACAACGGUUAUUCCUGUGACUGCUCAAGGACUGCAUAUGAUGGACCCUUCUGCAUAAAAGAUGUGGGGGGCUAUUUCGAAGAAGGAACAUGGCUGAGAUACAACUUCCACUCAGCGUCAACAUCUGCAAUCGUCAGUCCCAAGGACACAGCAAAUGUUCCUCAUUUCAGUUCAGCGUCAGACAUUGCCCUAGCAAAAGAGGAACUGCUUUUUAGCUUCAGUACCUCCAAGACCCCAUGUAUUCUCGUGUAUGUUAGCUCCUAUUCCCAAGACUACCUGGCUGUCCUUCUAAAGUCAUCUGGAAUUUUACAAAUUCGGUACAAUUUAGGUGGCACCAAAGAGCCAUACAACGUGGAUAUCACUGAUCACAAAAAUAUGGCAAAUGGGCAGCCUCACAAUGUUAAUAUUACAAGAAUGGGGAGAAACAUCAUUUUUCAGCUUGAUCAUUACCCUCCAGAAACAUACAGCCUUCCCCUGGCCUCCGAGACUCAGUUUAAUGGUCCAAAGGCCCUUUUCCUUGGAAGAGUUAACGAGACGGGGACAAUAGAUCAGGAGAUCCAUUCAUACAACACUCCAGGAUUCAGCGGCUGUCUCUCCAGAGUCCAGUUCAACCUAAUUGCACCACUUAAAGCAGCUUUAAGGCCUAACAACAAUACCCAGGUCUACAUACAAGGAGAGCUUGUGGAAUCCAACUGCGGAGCAUCCCCACUUACCAUCCCUCCAAUGACUUCCAACACAGAUCCCUGGCAUCUCAACUCAGAGAAUGCUGAGUUUCCAAACAACGAAGGACAGGCCAUUAAAGAUGGGGUGAACAGGAACUCUGCCAUUAUUGGAGGGGUCAUAGCCGUGGUGAUCUUCACUAUACUCUGCACCCUAGUGUUUUUGAUACGCUACAUGUUUCGCCACAAGGGGACCUACCACACCAACGAAGCCAAGGGAGCCGAAUCUGCCGACACCGCCGACGCAGCCAUUGUCAACAAUGACCCCAACUUCACAGAGACAAUCGAUGAAAGCAAAAAGGAAUGGCUGAUCUAAGUGGGCCAGAAGACUUAAAGAGAGUUGGUUUUGAUGGGAGUUGGGUGGGACCAUGUAUCUCACUCAAGGUCAGCUUCAGGUUCCCCCUAACAAGAUCAGCACCUCUGCAGGCCCUAAGGGGCACCCAGUAUAUACUGACUAUAACAAGAAAAAAACUUUGAGAGGCAUUUGAAAGUACCUUUUUGUUUACUUAAAGAUGGAUUUUGCUGCCAUUGUUUAUCCCUGCCUAAAAAUUUAAAUAUCAGCUUUUAGAGUUUCAGCAUUGGUUCACAAUUGUCAGUAAUAUCUAUUUUUUGUGCGUGUUUAGAGGCAUUCUAAAUACUAAAUAAAAAUAAAGGGCCUCUUUUAUAUAAUUUUCUAAGCCCUUAGAAUGUUAGAAUUUCUGUCUUAAUUAUACCAACAUAGAUAUGUAUGUUGUGUGUUCAUAUAUACUAUAUAUGUUUAAGCACGCAACAUGUAAUUCAUAGUUUUGCUUCCCCUUUAUUCUUAAUAUAACAGGGUUUACUUGUCAUUGCAUGCAUUGGCACUGCAGUAACUCCAAAGGGUGAGGGGUGGAUCAUUGCAACAGGGAACGAACAUGCCAACAUUGAUAUGCCAUUCCUAUAUUCUAAAAGCUGAGGAAACAUGCUAUUAAAGACAAAAUUGGUAAAAUGGUAUACUAAGGAAAUAUGGGAAUGUAUAUGUUAAAAUAUAUUGCACUGAAAUAAAUUAGGUGGGUUUUUUUAUGUAUAUGUAAUAUAGGUUCAUUGUAUAUUACUUGACACAUAGACAACAUAAAACGUUAAGGGAGAUAAUACAUUAAACAAGAGAAAGCAAUCCUUUGGCACUGACUCUGUUGAAUGAUUACAAUUUGACACGUUAGAAAUGGAAAUGAACCUUAUAGCCUAAAUGUAUUAAAUUGUGUACCGCUAUUUUCCCAUUCCACUGAACAACAAUAAAAA